AGGGGGUAAAACCGUAAGUAGCGAAGCCUGAAUUGUUUGGAUGUGCCAUGUGAUAGGUCUCUUUCCUUUCUCCUCUCGCUUUGGCAGCACACACUUCCACUCACUCUCACUCAAUGGUUUCACUUCACUUAUAAACAAAUGCAAACUAUUUAUAAAUUAUAACCCAUUUUUUCUUCUCUCAUUUGUUCUUUUUUUCUCAAUCCACCAAAGCAUUAUAAAUUCACAUGUGAGUUUGAGGGUCCAAGCUCUAUUACUCUAUUGUUUACUAGAUCUUUGACUACCUUACCACUACUACCCUCUAGAUCUUGGAGGAAGCCAGUGCAGAUUGGCUUCACUUCACCACCAAUGGCUCAACUCAUGCACUUGGACUGCAAAAAGGUACUCAUAUUCUCAAUUCUUUUGUUCUUCUUUGUUUCUGUAUGCUUCAGUGCCUGCUCACAACAUCAAGUUCAGACCAAAGAAGGGUUAUCUAGUAGAAUUGGCAGUAGAAGAUUGUUGGAGGAGCAAGAUGAUGAUUGGGAAGAGAAGCCCCUGAAAAAGAAAAGCACUACCCAAUCCCAAUCCCAAUCCAAAAAGAACCAGACCAAGCUAACUAAGCCAGCCACUACUUCUUCCAAGAAUGUCAAAUCUGAUAGCAUUUCUUCCACCACCAAGAACCAAACCAAAACCAUCAAAUCCAAUUCCCUUUCCACCAAGAACAACCAAACAAAAACACUCAAAUCUAGUAGUAACAUUUCUGCCAAGAACCAAACCAAAACCAAAACCAUCAAAUCCGAAAACCUUUCCUCCAAGAGUUCAUCAUCUUCUAAAACCGCAUCCACCGACACUACUGGCCUCAAGAAGCUCAAUUCCACAAGCUCCACCUCCAACAAGAGUAACAAGCAGCUCAACUCCCCUACUACUCCCUCCUCCACUUCCAAGUUCAAGAAGCUCAAUUCCACAUCAACAUCAAAACCUACUUCACCUUCCACUUCAAACAAGAAACCAUUGGAUCUUGCGAAAGCAACCAACAAAACUACAAAGUCCACCGGCACCAAGGAUAAGAACAAGCAAACAAAAACAACCACCAGCCAGGCAUCAGAUUCAGAUCAAACAAAGCCAAUAAUCAAGAAACCGCAGAAGGCUUCUCCUCCAACGAAGAAACCGACGAAACAACCACCACCGACAACAUACUGGAUGGACGAAGACGACGAAGACUUCGUCUCAGAGUUCAGAGAUCUGCCAAACAAGUUCCACCAGACGCUUCUCCCAGACCUCGAAAGAAUCUCCACAACUUCAAAGCUUUACCUCACCAAAGCCAACAGCGAGAUCACAAAAGGCUUCAAACCCUACGUCGGCAAAAAAUAUGCAUCCACCGUAGCCACCGCACUCUCGUGCGCUUUCGUAUUGAUCCCGUUGAUCUUGGUCUCUCUCCUCUGCACACAAAUCAAAGCAUAUUUCUCACUCCAGAAAAUCAUCAUCUUCAUCCAAGUUUAUCUCUCUAUCUACUUCACCAUCCUCUGCGUAUCGUCCUUAGUUACUGGGCUCGAACCGUUAAAGUUUUUAUACUCUACUUCGCAGUCCACGUACCUGUGCCUGCAGGUUCUGCAAACUCUCGGUUACGUUUUCUAUCUCUUGAUGCUCUUGAUGUAUCUUGUUCUUGUCUUCUCCACGGAGUGUGGGUUGGGUUCUAAGUUUUUGGGCCUGGCCCAAAUGUUAGUGGGCAUAGCUAUUGGGCUUCAUUACUACGUCACGGUGUUUCAUAGGGUGGUGUUGAGGCAACCUCCGAAGACAAAUUGGAAGGUUCACGGGAUUUAUGCCACGUGUUUUCUCCUCAUUUGUGUGCUUUCUAGAGCUGAUAGAAGGAAGAAGGUUUACGUUGAAGAUGGUGGAGGAGAAGGCAAGCAGAAUUGAUUAAGUAACUUGUAUUAUUUUUGUAAUACUUCUUAAUUUCAUUCAAUUUUAGAGAAAAGAUUAUAACUAAAGGUUACCGAAAGCAAUAGAGCAAUGAAGCAAGCUUGUUCUU